CCACACAAUCGAACAGGGUGACCUGCACUGCUCCUGUCAGUUUGUUUUUAAAAAAUAUCUGAAAUUAUUCAAAAGUAUUUUUAACAAUAGAAACUAAUCAAAAUUCGAAAUUAAAGAAAAAAAAACUGCAAUGUCCUUGCAUUUUAGUGCCCAGCAGUUCGAGGACCGUUUCCGGGGCAGGCGCCUCAACAACUGGGAGUAUCCUCGCUUCUCCCCCCCCCGUCCAAGGACACUUCGUGCCAAAGUCAAGAUCAUAACCGGCAAGAACGGACACCUUCUACCCGACGUUAAAAAGGAGGGAAACUCCUUUGGACAUUAUCGUGGGACGUAUGAGCUGCCAUUGAAGAUAACCCGGAAAUUUUGUGAACACUAUGAUGCCUGUCUGAGCUGCCGGUACAAGUUCCGGGACUAUCCGCGAGAUCUCUGCAGCUGCCAGUUGGAGAAUCAGCGGGCACUGGCCUGCGACAACCGGAGGACCCUCGGGGACAAGGGUGAUCCGCUGUGGGAGAAGCCCAGGUGCCAGACGAAGUGCGAGGGACUCCAACAGAUCAAGCAGCUAUACGACCGGAGUCAGCGCUGUAAACGGGCCAGGUGCCAGGACGAGAUCGAAAGGACUAUCAAGCUGCCGCUCAAGGCCAAGGUGGCCCAAGUGGCCACCGAUCAGAGACGCCGCCGGAAACGGACCAUCACCGCCUUCCCCAAGAGCAGGGCCACCAUGCACGCCAAUGAGUCCGUCGCCUCCUACGACAAUCGCACCCACAAGGCGGAUAAGGUCCCAGCCGCUGCCUCUCCGGCGGCCGGCAAGGUCAAGGACAAGGAGAAGGACAAAGAGAAAGAGAAAGAGAAGGACAAGACCAAGGAGAAGGACAACAAGUCCAAGGAGAAGCCAGCCAAGGACAAGACCAAAUCCCCCAAGAAGUCAUCCAAAACGUCAAACUUGAAAUAGUUAUCCUUUUUGGCACUCGAAUACCUAAUAUUAUUAAUAAAAAUCGAUUUUUUUA